AAACGACUUCAAACAAAACGAAAAGUGUGGUCGCCGAGUGAAGAUCGAAGAAAUUCCGACGCAAAUCGCUUGCAGAAAACACAUUUUUUCCGGCUAAAUUAAAGUGACCAAACUUCCGGUGCCCGUUUCAGUUUCUAUUAAGUUUCGUUGUUUGUUUUUCGGAUAGUUUAAAAUUUAGAAUCACAAUGUUCUGGGGACUCGUACUGAAAGCUAACAAAAAAUACUCCCAGACGGUGCAGAAGGCAUUCCACCUGAGCCAGGCGGUGCUGGACCUCACGAAAUGCGGUGACGGCGAUGUCCAGGUUAUGUUAUCGACCGAGGACAGCACUUAUCUGCUGUGCGUUUUGGGGAAGAAGAUCCCGCAGGUCGCGUUAGAUCUGAACUUUGACGAAGGUGACCAGAUCAGCCUCAGCACCAAGGGCGAGGGAGUGGUCCAUCUGACCGGAUAUUUGGUGCCCAGCGAGGAGGAUUUCUUCGGCGACGAUGACGACGAGGAAGCGGAUGAGGAACAGGAGGUGGAAGCUUCCCCCGCAAAGGGGAAGGGCAAGGAACGUGUUGCCAAGAAAGUAGCUCAGAAGGUGAACGCCAAGGAAGUUCAACUGGCAGCAGAUGAAGAGGAGGACGAGAUGGACGAGACGUUCGAGCUACCCAAGGAUGCUAAAAAGAAGGCCGGUGCUGAGGAUGAUGAGGAAGACUCGGACGACGAUGAUGACGAUGAAGAUGACGAAGACGACGAGGACGAGGAAAUGGAAGACAGCAAAUUAGAAGCCGAAUUGGAUAGCGACGACGAAGAUGAUGAUGACGACGAUGAGGAUGAUGACGAUGACGACGACGAGGACGAUUCCGAAGAUGAACAACCCAAAGCUAAGGUUGCCAAGGUGGAAAAGAGUGCCUCCAAGCAGAAUGGCGUUGAGAAUGGUAAAGCCUCGUCGAAGGAACUGAAGAAGGAAAGCCAACAGCAGGAGUCGAAAACUCGCACACUGCAAGGUGGGCUGGUCGUCGAAGAUCUCAAGGUCGGCAACGGCCCAGAAGCCAAGCCCGGUAAAAAGAUUGCCGUGUUCUACGAGGGUCGAUUGAAGAAAAACAACAAGGUCUUCGAUUCCACCAACAAGGGACCCGGUUUCAAGUUUGCGCUGGGUCGCGGUGAAGUCAUCAAGGGAUGGGACUUGGGAGUGUCCGGCAUGAAGGUCGGAGGUAAACGACGACUGACGGUGCCGCACCAGCUGGCGUACGGAACCCGAGGAAGCCCGCCGGUGAUCCCACCCAACAGCACGCUGGUCUUCGAUGUGGAGCUGAAAAACGUCUUCUAAGCAUUUAGCCUCAUCCCCUUAAUAAUUAUAACUAAUUAAAACACGAUAAGGUACAACUACUGAUAACUACAACACAUGCAAAAGAACCACAAGCAGUCCGUUACAACUCGCCGUCGGUAUAAUCUUAGCCACUAUCAAAAAAGAAUGGAAGGGUAAGAUUCAUUAGUAGGAUUAGCAAACUAAACAAAACAUUCGCUACAGUAAGAAUUGUAAAGUAACGUAAAAGAUACAACGCUGUACACAAUUGUCCACGUCAACACAUUUCUCCAAACACAUCAGAUUAGGCUUCUUUUUGUUGUAGAAAAGUUGCAUCUAAUGUGCGUUUGUUCUUCAAUUCUUCAAGAUCGGAUUGUUAGCCAGAGACUAUUAACGAAAUCAUCCAAUGAUGGGAAAAAGUCAAUAAAGUUUGUGUAAAAAAUUGUAAA